AUUUUCAUUGCUUUUUCAUUCAUUUUUAUUUUAAGCAUUUUGAUACUCCUGUAUAAAACGCUUUUACAAUUUGAUUUAUUGUGUUGUCCGGUUUUUACUUUUAUAAAGGCUGAUAACAUCCUACAAAAUGCCACCUAAGAAGAAAGCAAAAGUGCUACAGGAUAAAAAAAAGAUCCCAGAAGAUGCCCAGUGGUGCCUUGAUCGUUCUGACCGCUUGUCAUUCAGAGACUACAUUGAGCAAUGGGGUUGUCUUGAUAGAAACCAGGCCCAACAACGAUUUGGGAGCAUCAUUACUGAAUAUUUCAAGUCAAAAAGUAAUCGCGAUAAGAAGAUUCGCGAUGACUACAAGAGAUGGACGUUGAGUGCAGACUAUAUACAGUUCUGGUCUACACGUUCAGAUUCAAACAUACUACUCAAAACUGGCUUGGGUUCUAGUGAGAUUAUUAAUAUAGCGAUUGAGCAGCGACUCAAAUCUCUAAAAGCCAAUGCUGCAAGCAGUGAAGCGCUUGCUGUUAAUUCCUCUUCUCCUGUUGUCUCUAGCAAUUCCUUUCCUCCUGAUGUUUCUGGUGAUUCUUCUGCUCCCGAAGUCCCUGGUGAUUCCUCUUCUCCCAAUGAGUCAACAAGUCUCUCUAGUACCAUGUUGCCUGAAAUGAAGAAUUAUUUAAUCAGUAUCAUGAUUGACUUUGUUAAUGAAGCAGAUACAGACGAUAAUCCAUGGAUUUUUGAAGAUAUUAACAUUAGUCAUUUAUUCCGCAAAUAUCAGGCUACCGUUAGUGAAAUCCUCAUGAAACAUAAGACCCUGCCAUUGGAAUCCUAUGUGCAUGAACUCGCAUCUUUAACGCAUAUCUUCUUUCUUUGCAAAGAUCAACAUAGCGAGAUUGCAGAAAAGGUUUUUUCUUUGGAUACACUCCAACAACUGACGGAUUUCUUUGAACGAAAAACAAUUAAUCAUGAUCUUGAUUUCCCCUCAAACCAUUUUGUGGCAAUCAGCAAAACUCUCACAGAUCUCAGCUUGGCAAACAAAACAAGACAGCAAACGAUUAUGGAGUUUACAGUUCUUGCUUCUCAGAUGAGCUAUGGCCAAAACCGUCUUCUUUCUGGUAUUAUCAAUUUGAUUCAGAAACUCCCAAAAAAACCUUUAAGCAACUACAAGGAAGUUAGUGAAACUGAAUUGUGGAACACCUACUUUGAUCCCCUAUUGUCUUGCCUCAUCAGCGAUCCCGACCGACUUAUUCACCUUCGCUGGACGAAUGUUAUUCCCAUGGAAAAAGGGAAAUCUCGACCUGAUGCGGUGAUUAGUGAAAAACUACAGUUGUCAUUUGGAAGUAGUGUUGGUUAUGGUGAGGCUAAAGCCCAGCAAGGUUCUUGUACCAAAUUAUUGUGUUUGGAUACCCUCCGUUUGGCCAUUUUCACUAAAAAUGCAAUUGAUAUCAACAAGCUUGAUGGUGCUCUCGCCUUCCAAAUCCAUGGCUUCAACAUCACUUUUUACCUCCAACAAUUAACUAUCAAGGGCAUAUAUACCUUUACUGAAAUUGCUCACUUACGCUUUCCUCAAUCCCUGGAUGAUUUACCUUCUCUCUUCAGUAUGAUCAAUAUCAAAAAACUUCUUGGGAUCAAUGACGUUUUUUGGAGCCUUUGCAAAAAAUCUAAGCAACCCGAUAUAAUUGAAAAAAGAUACAAAAAAACUCUGGUGAAUUUGGAUGAUAUGAUUGAUGCAACUCAAGACAGCACGCGUCGAUGUGUCUUGAGAUUUGGACAAUAAUUAGUAAUCAAAAAGAAAAAUAUACCAUUGUACACAGAGAAAUAUACUAUUUAUUUCAAAUUUAUCGGCAUAAAUCAAUUUCAAACAUCCGGCCAAACUAGUCUUUUUUUAUGGGCAAUUUAGCUUAGUAUCAGCAGGCAAUCUUUUCAAAAAAGUGAAUG